AUGUCGGCCUCCGUCGAGGAAGCACAAUCGUCCUCUAACCAGACCUUUCUCAGUGCCCUGGUGCUCAACUCACUUAUCGCAGGGGCUGAGAUUGUUGGAUUCAUAAUUCUCCGGCGUUACUUCCGAAAAGUUUAUCAGCCGCGAAGCUAUCUGCCAACUCCUACGAAAAGAUCCGAACCACUCUCACCCGGAUGGGUAUCAUGGAUCCCCCAAAUCAUCAUGGCCGAUGAGGAGCAAAUCAUCCACCACAAUGGCCUCGAUGCUUACUGCUUCUUGCGUUUCCUGAGACUACUCCUGAACAUCUUUACACCCAUUUUCGUCUUGUCCUGGGCUAUCCUCCUGCCAGUUUAUUCAGUUAAUUCCGGUGGCGCCAAGACUGGUCUCGACCAGUUCACAUUUGGAAAUAUUGGUCUCGACGCUCAAAUUCGACUUACUGCGCCCUUGGUCCUCGCUUAUGUUUUUACAUUCUAUGUGCUCUAUCUUCUCAAAGUGGAGAUUCAAAGCUUCAUUGGCAAGCGACAGACGUUUCUGACUUCGGACGGCUAUCGUUCUCGCCAACAAUCUCGCACUGUGCUUCUUACCGGUAUCCCGAAAGACCUCUUGGAUUCCGAUGCCCUUCGCCGAUUUACCGCGCACUUGCCAGGCGGUGCCCGUCAGGUCUGGAUCGCGCGCGAUAUCAAAGACCUUCCGGACAUUUACGAGCGUCAACAGAAUGCGUUUUCUAAGUUGGAAGGAGCUUAUGCCAGCCUGAUCAGCACUGCCCAUAAGGCACAUCAAAAAAACCAGAAAAACUCGAAAGCAGUGCCUGAAGUCAUGGAAGACGGACAUGAGUGGUCCAAACACAUCCCGCGCUCAAAGCGACCGACUCACAAGUUAGGAUUCCUCGGCCUGGUUGGUAAAAAAGUUGAUUCAAUCGAUUGGGCAUCCGAGGAAGUCUUGGAGACAUCCAAGGAACUCAGCAAUCGCCGCACGAAUAUGGAGGACUACAAACCAGUAAAUGCUGCAUUUGUCGAGUUUAACAACAUCAUCGCGGCCCAUCUAUUUGCGCAAUCUUUGGCUCAUCACACCCCUCUUCAAAUGCACGGCAAAUGGCUGGAUGUGGCAGCAGAGGAUGUGAUUUGGUCGAACCUCAGCAUGGACCCCCUCCAGCAACGCAUUCGUGCACUCAUCUCCUGGGCAAUCACCAUCGCCCUCAUAGUCUUUUGGGCCCUUCCCGUGGCAUUUGUCGGCCUGAUUUCGAACGUCAGUAGUCUUUGCGCCAAGGUGUUUUGGAUGGCCUGGCUGUGCAAACUCCCUCCACCAGUCCCUGGUAUCAUUCAGGGUGUCCUACCACCAGUUAUGCUAGCAGUGCUCUUCAUCCUUCUGCCAAUCUUCCUUCGAUUACUCGCGAAGUUUCAGGGUAUCCCGCUCAAUUCUCAUGUAGAGCUUAGCCUGAUGAGUCGCUACUUCACUUUCCUCGUUAUACAUGGAUUUUUGAUCGUCACACUCUCGUCCGGAUUGGUCGCCGCAAUUCCUGCGAUCACACAGCAGCCCACCUCAGCGGCCACGAUUCUUGCCCAACAACUUCCCAAAGCAUCCAACUUCUUCCUCACCUAUUUUGUCACCACUUGUUUUGCGGGUGCUGCGGGUAGUCUGCUGCAGAUCGCCGGGGUGGUAGUCUACAAUCUCAAGCUCAAAUUCCUCACUUCCACCCCCCGAUCGGUCUACACAACCCGUUGUGGAAUGUCGUCCGUUCAAUGGGGCACGCUUUUCCCAAACAUGACCUUACUGGCCGUUAUUGCGAUCAGUUAUUCUAUCGUCAGUCCGAUACUUAAUGGAUUUGCGCUCGUUGGGUUCGCACUAUUCUGGUUUGUGUACAAAUAUCUGUUCAUCUUUGUGAUGGAUCUUCCCAGCUCAAGUGAGACUGGAGGAAAAUUCUUCCCAUUGGCAAUAAGACAGAUGUUUAUAGGACUUUACAUCGGUGAAGUCUUCCUCGCGGCAUUAUUCUUUCUGGCACAAGACGCGUCAAAAAAGCAAUCUGGAGUCAUUCAUGGGGCAUUGAUGAUCGUCCUAGUCUUCAUCACCAUGUUCUUCCAGAGCAUGAUCAAUAAAGACUACUUCCCAUUGAUUGAUUACCUGCCGGUUUCGUUGGCCGGUCAAGCUUUGGGGGCAGAGAACGAGGAAGGAUCCAGCCACAAGUCGGACGAGCCAAUUGUUGAGAAGGAUCUCAAAGCGAUCGAAACACCUGAAGAGCUGGAGCACCACUUCGACCAUCCCGCUCAAUGGAAAAAUGUGGGUGUGCUGUGGAUUGCUGAUGAUGAACUCCUGAAGAUUGGGGAGGACGGCGUCAGGCAACUGCAGGCUUCUGGAUUGAAAGCUUCGUCGAAUGGGGCUAAAUUCACCAGCCAAGGCGAUGUAAUUGUUACUAGGAGUCCGCCUGAUGCGCCCGAGGCAGUUGAGAUUCCACCCUCGGAUUGA